AUGAGUUCGCAGGACAGAAUCUUCUUCGGACCGUUCGAGGUCACACAACAGGUCUUUCUGAGAACGCCUCAUUGCUUUGCCGUCGUCAACCUGAAGCCUCUUCUCCCUGGUCAUGUCCUGAUCUGUCCACUCCAGCCGCAUAAGCGCCUGACGGACCUCUCAACACCUGAAGUGACGGACCUCUUCACGACAACGCAGCGCGUGCAGAAGAUGCUGGCGCGACACUACUUCAAGGCAUCGUCAGAUGUAUCAUCAUCGCCGUCAGAUGCGCCGCCCGAGGCUGGCUCCUUCAACAUUGCCCUCCAAGACGGCGCUGGCGCGGGCCAAACAGUGCCGCACGUCCACGUGCACAUUCUGCCGCGGAUUCCAGGCGAGACAAGCAAAGACCCGGGGCCUAAGGAUGAGAUUUACGAACAAAUGACUAGCGAGGAGGGAAACGUUGGAGGCGCACUAUGGGAUGCCGUGGUCCGGGAGAAAGGAGCCAGGCCACAUCCAGGGGGCGCGUUCCCGCACAUUGACGACAGUGCGAGGAAACCGAGAAGCAUGGAAGAGAUGGUGGCCGAGGCAGAGAUCUAUAAGAAAGCUCUACAGGAGCUGUAG